AUGUUUGGACUUCAAGCUACGAUCAGCCACGCCGACGAGUCCUCGAUCAAGCUUCCGAUCUGCGAGCAACCACAAGGAUAUGUUCCAGCUUCGCUUUGGCCAGACCACCGCUCUUUCAAGAGGCUGCGAUACGACCUCGAGCUCGACAGCAAUUUCACCACCAAUACUGCUGCCCCCCUGUCUAGCGGCAUCAUCAGCUCUACGCCUACCGAUUGUUCGGCGACACUCGUACCACGCCACACGACGUUCCGUGAUUCUUGCCGCCUCCUCGACAAGUACGACUACGGCGGCGACAUUCCGUCGCGGUCACCACUACCUAUUCAACUUCUUCGACUUCCGGCGUAUCCACACGGAACUUGGGCCGCCGCGAGCAUUUGGAUCGACAAGUCUGCAUAUCAGGAUUUCUUCAAGCUGCACGCGCCAAGUUCGACAACUGCGUCGACAUCGAUUGUUCCCGCACUGCUUUUCUUCCACCAAGCUGGAAUACAACAUGGACCGCUGACUACUUCAAGUGCCAAGUUCAUCACUUCUGCAGCUGCUGUCGUCCUGAACACAGCGACAGCGACAACUUCACGCCGCUGCCCUGACUACAGUCAGCAGUUCCGUUACGACACCAACAGCCGGAUGCAAGGCUUCAACACUCAAGCGCUCAAACUCGACUUCACUCGACAAGAAGCUCCAUCAAGCCUCUUCAAUCAAACGUCGCCGUUUCAAACUUUCAAGCUCCAGAACAACGCCUUGUGGAUGGAGUGCGAUGAGUCGCUACUUGAUGAAGCCGACACUCCUGCACGACUGCAUGAGCCACCUGCGAAGCUACACGCCAUUCUGCGGUUGAUGGACCACUACUUGGGCCGCCGCGAGCCGUUCAAUCGACAAGUCCACCAGUUCGUCCGACUGCUUGCGACAAGUUCAAAGCCACCGCCCCAUCAAAGUGCCAGCGACAAGUCCAUGCUGCCGCUC